AGCUGAGAGCCCAUUUAGUUUCUGUAGCACUGGGCCUUUACUCUUACUGUGCAGUGAUGGCGGCGACACACAGACCAUGCUCCCUCUACUGGUCUUAAACAUGCUUUCCUUUCUGUGCGCACCGGAUUACACAGAAUAAGCGUUAAGUGAUAUGAAGAAUUAAAGUCAACUUCAUGGGUGUAUUCUUCAUACAUACUUUCUUUUACCAGUGCAUCAUUUUAUAGCUCCGCCGGUCUGCGUUUUGUAACUUUGAAUGGAAGGAUUCUCUGUGCAUGACAGUUAUAUCAUGCUAUUUCGCCCUCAUUUUUCCACGGUCCGUCAGUGUCUCCUCCGUUUCGGCGCUUAGUCACGAAAUAACCGGAAGGUUCGUGCAGUUUUGUCCGAGGGAGCGAUCGCACACCGCUCAGUGCGUGCGCGCGGCGGUCACGUCGGACUCGUCUUUUUGAGCGUCGGUGAAUCUCCGCGUAUUUUCAGCGUGUGGUCUGUGCGCGCAGCUCGCCAGAUCCUCCACUCCUCAGCCUAGCGACUCCAGCCCAGUCUGCGCAGCGGAGCAGUCAACAUCGGCGGCUGCCUCGAGCCCUUCCGCAGUUUAACGGGGACGGCUCCGACGCGACUACCGUGUCAAAGGCGACGGGACUCGACCGAGCGCUCGUUUGGAUCUCCGUGGACGAUGUUCCUUGUGCAGUACACAGGACUGAAUCCGCUGCCCUUUGACCCUGCCACUAAUAACGAACCCCUGCAGUUCAACAGCUCCAAUGGGCCGCUGGUGUCCGAGUGUCCUCUGGAGAACGGCACGGAGAGCAGCGGGAAGAAGAGGAAGAGGACCAACCUUCCUCCAGAGGGUCUGCGUAACAUUGCCAUGGACUCCAGCUCAAUGGGAAUGCCCAUGUCGGACCCCAAUGCCUGGGCGACUGCCAUGACCAACCUGGGCAUGGCACCUGUGGGCAUGGCAGGCCAACCUCUCCUGUCAGAUUUUGACCCUAGCCUCGGCAUGAUGACGGGAAUCGCGCCCAUGAACCCGAUGCUGCCAGGCCUGGGCGUCGGACCCCCACCCAUCUCCCAAGACCUGCCUGUCGUCAAGGAGAUCAUCCACUGCAAGAGCUGCACCCUGUUUCCCCCCAACCCGAACCUGCCGCCCCCAGCCACGCGCGAGAGGCCCCCUGGCUGUAAGACGGUCUUCGUGGGGGGUCUGCCUGAGAACGCCACCGAGCAGAUCAUCGUGGAAGUGUUUGAGCAGUGCGGCACCAUCAGCGCCAUUCGCAAGAGCAAGAAGAACUUCUGUCACAUCCGCUUUAAUGAGGAGCACACGGUCGACAAAGCCCUCUUCCUGUCUGGCUACAGGAUCAGGCUGGGCUCCAGCACGGAUAAGAAGGACACGGGGCGUCUGCACGUGGACUACGCGCAGGCCCGGGACGACCUGUACGAGUGGGAGUGCCGGCAGCGCAUGCUGGCCCGCGAGGAGAGGCACCGGCGCCGGAUCGAGGAGGACCGCCUCCGGCCCCCCUCCCCCCCGCCCAUCGUCCACUACUCCGAGCACGAAUGCAGCCAGCUGGGGGAAAAGAUCAAAGACGACUCCAAGUUUCCGGAGGCGGUGCGCGUGCUCCUCACCUGGGUGGAGCGCGGCGAGGUGAACCGGCGGAACGCCAACAACUUCUACUCCAUGAUCCAGUCCUCCAACAGCCACAUCCGCAGACUGAUGAACGAGAAGGCCGCCCACGAGAAGGAGAUGGAGGAGGCCAAGGAGAAGCUGAAGAACGCCCUGGCCGGAAUCCUCGUGCAGUUUGAGCAGAUUGUGUCUGUAUUCCACGCUGCAUCCAAACAAAAGGCGUGGGACCAUUUCUCCAAAGCCCAGCGCAAGAACCUGGACAUGUGGCGCAAGCAAGCCGAGGAGAUCAGGAACAUCCACAACGAGGAGCUGAUGGGCAUCCGCAGGGAAGAGGAGAUGGAGAUGUCCGACGACGACAUGGAGGACGAGCCCGAGAGCAAAGACUCGGAUGACUCAGGAGCACUGGCACAGGUGGAGGCUCUGCGUGAGGAGAAUGAUAGCCUGCGCUGUCAGCUGGACGCCUACAGGAACGAGGUGGAGCUUCUCAAACAAGAGCAGAGCAAAGCGCAGCCUCCACGCAGCGAGGAGGACACCACCCGCCAGCAGCAGCUCAGCUUCCUGCAGCAGGCUCUGCAGGGCAUGCAGAAGCAACUGCUGACUCUGCGUGAGGAUCUGAAGCAGAGGGAAGUGGAGCUGGAGAAGAACACAGAGGAGAAACAGCAGCUGGAGAGUCAAAUCCAGAAUCUGAAGGAGAGAGUGCAGGCCCUCCCCACAACACACACGCUGCCUCUGGAGAGGCAGGAUGACAGAGGCGGUGAUGAAAGCUCGAAUCUCGCCAGCGAGGCGCCAGCGUCGGCGGUGGUGUCCUGCAGCCAGGAGAAGGAGAGCCUGCCAGAGAAGGGACCACCCAGCCCAGUGAAGUCUGAAAGGGAGGCUCUGCUCGUGGGAAUCAUCUCAACGUUCCUUCACGUGCACCCAUUCGGGGCCAGCAUCGAAUACAUCUGCUCCUACUUACAGCGCCUGGACACCAAGAUCAGCACGACGGAGGUGGAGACGCUGCUGGCGCGGCUACCCUGCACCUUCAGACAGGAGCUGACGGGCGUGGGCGCCAGCCUGGAGAAGCGCUGGAAGUUCUGCGGCUUUGAGGGAAUCAAGACGGCGUAGGGACGUGCCGCACGGGUUUGGCCCACAGAGAGGAGGCCAAACGCCAGCUCCCUCCAUGCCCGAGGAGCUCCGGGGAACCGGUGCAACUCAGAGAGGAGCGCCAGCCCUCAGGCCGGCCGGACGCAGCCUCUGGUGCACGAGCGCUUUAAAACUGAGUGAAUGCACGGACACGUGUGUGUAAGUGUGUGUGUGCGUGCCAUGUGGAUAGACUGUCUCAAGUCUCUCAUACACAACAGCUGUGGCCCGCCGUGCCGCGGGGACUGCACUCAUCAGGACAGAUCAGGCUGAACUGGGGACAAAACUCAACAUCCUUUUCCCUUUUUUUCUCUCAUUUUACUCUUGAUUUUUAAAGAAAAAGAUAAAGGAAAUGAAUAUAUUUCUGUUUCUUUCUGUAUAGGUUGCUAACAGCUAUGUAGAAUGUUUUUGUUCAUAUCAACUCUGUAAAUGUUUGAAUAACUUGCUAUUUUUAAAUAAAAAAAGUCUGAGGAAA